UCUGUCUCCGGAAGUCCCGCCCCUAGCAAAGUCAUUGGCUAACACCCCCGUGCCAGUCGCAACAUCAUGUAGUUGAGGCAACCGAGCGGAGGAAGGAAAGGGAAGGCAGUAAAGCGUCAGUUUCGGAAGCCGCCUCGAAGUGGAGGACGGAUCCUCGCGGUGAGCUCCGCCGCCACACACAGCCUCCACACGACGGGACGCAAGACGAAUAACAACCAGGAGAUUAACCGUCUCGUUUUGUCGUCGAGAACAUCAAUUUCCUGGCUGGGUGAGACGAUCACAACACGGUGUCGCCUCCAGACAAGCAACGUCCAGGAUGAACCACUUAUCCUUCAGCGAGCUUUGUUGCCUCUUCUGUUGUCCGCCGUGCCCUAGCAAGAUAACGGCCAAGCUGGCCUUCCUGCCUCCCGAGCCCACCUACAGCCUCAUGUGUGACGAGAGCGGCAGCCACUGGUCCCUGCAUCUCUCCGAGCGCGCCGACUGGCAGUACUCGUCCCGAGAGAAGGAGGCCAUCGAGUGCUUCAUGACGCGCACCUCUAAGGGCAACCGCAUCGCGUGCAUGUUUGUGCGCUGCUCGCCCAACGCCCGCUACACGCUCUUAUUCUCCCAUGGAAAUGCAGUGGAUUUGGGCCAGAUGAGCAGCUUCUACAUCGGCCUGGGUUCUCGGAUCAACUGCAACGUGUUCUCCUACGACUACUCUGGUUAUGGCGCCAGUUCGGGGAAACCCUCAGAGAAGAACCUGUAUGCUGAUGUCGACGCUGCCUGGCAGGCGCUGCGCUCACGGUACGGUAUCCGUCCAGAGAAUGUCAUCGUGUACGGCCAGAGUAUUGGAACGGUGCCUUCUGUGGACCUGGCCUCUCGCUAUGAGAGUGCCGCAGUGAUCCUGCACUCGCCGCUCACCUCCGGCAUGAGGGUGGCCUUCCCUGACACCAAGAAGACUUACUGCUUUGACGCCUUCCCCAACAUCGACAAGAUUUCCAAGGUGACGUCGCCGGUCCUGGUCAUCCACGGCACGGAUGACGAGGUCAUCGACUUCUCCCACGGCCUGGCGCUGUACGAGCGCUGCCAGCGCCCCGUGGAGCCGCUGUGGGUGGAAGGGGCAGGGCACAACGACGUGGAACUGUACGGACAGUACCUGGAACGGCUCAAGCAGUUUGUGGCGCACGAGCUGGUCAACCUGUAGUGGAGCCGAGGAACCGAAGCUGCGGAGAAAACACCGGUGGUACAUGUUUUGGUUUAUCGUUACCUUGCUCUUUUUCUUGUUGUCGUGUGGGAUACAGGUGCUGUUUUUCUCCCUUUUUUUUGGAAGUUUUGGUGGUAGAAUUGAUCAUAAGCCACCUGUCCAGUUCAGGCCGGCCCCAGAGCCUAACCGUACCGUCCACUCCUCAGCUGUGAACUUGAAACACUAACUUCUACUUUUGUUUGUUUUUGAACAUCUUGCACAAUUGCACAAUGCUCAAGCGAGCGCCUCGCGUGUGAACCGCCUGUAUACGCGUGCAUACGUCACAUUUUUGCUGCCUUUUUGCAAACCAUGCUCCUCAGUUCCGAUAGGACACCUCUGAGGUUCUUGGUACUGGACUUGGACUCCAAUAGUGUAAUUAUUAUUUUUGUAUUAUUAUUACAGUACGUUUGUAUAUAUUAUACAUGAUAUUUGCACAUAUCAGCUGUCACUGAAGACGUGUGUGAGACAAAAGGGUGUUGCCAAAUGUUUAGUAUAAUAUAUCGCAAAGAACUCCUGUCUUUUUUUCCCCCCUCACUAAUCUUGCAAGUUCUCCAUGAAAUAUUACUGUAAGAUCAGCUUCACUAUGCAGCAGUUUCUCAGAUGAACAAUUCCCAGAUCCUGCUUUUCUUUGGGUUGUAGAAUGUUGAAUCCAUAUAUAAGUCAGGGCUGUCCGAACUAUGGCCCGCAAGAUGUCCUUAGUUUAGUAAAGAAUCUGGCCCGUGGGGUGUUUUCAAAUGUGUUUAAAAAAAUAUGAAUUGGGUCAUAUAUAUUUUAAUGACCCAAACAACCUCCCUUAGUCAUGGCGCAAAAAAAAUGCAACCAACACCAAAAGUCAACACACUUAUCACAACCUGCUCACUGAACUUUGUGGAUGUUAUAAAAAAUGACCAAGCACUAUACAUAAUUCAAAAUUACGCCCAGUGCAUGAUGGGAAAAAUGCAAAACGCUCUCUCCACACUUCAUUUUACUUUUUUGUAGGUAGUUGAGAUUAAAAUCUCUUUUGCACACUUAUCAAUGUUAGGCUCUGUUUGACAUUUCUGAUUGAUUACAAAAAUUUAAGAAGGUCGUCACAGAAGUAGACACGGUAGAAGUCCAACUUUCACAUUCUUCAUAUCUGAUUAUAUGAAAUAUAUAUCCUUUUUUUUUAGCCCAAUGUGGCCGCCAAGUCCGAAGGUUUGGACACCCCCUGCUAUGGAUAUUAAAGAUAUUGCUUGUAUUUACUUUGUCUUUUUAUAUAAUGAAGUAUAUGUACCACUAAUGCCAAUCAGGACCUGAUUUGGUGCCUGGAGUAGGGUUUCCGUUCAGGAAGUUUGUCUUUUGCAUAUCUAAAAAGAGAUUAAAUCAACUCCACAGUGCGUACGAACUCAACAUAAAUACUUUAUGCCUCUUUUUUUUUGUCUUUGUGCCUGCAUGCCAUUUUUGCUGCCAUUGUUUAAUGUUUGCUUGCCCUUUAAUGUUGAGCGAGACAAAACGUCAUACAGUUGUAUUUCAAUGCACUAGUGAUGACAUUUACUCUCAGAGCGCCGAUAAGCAGAGGUCAAAGGUCAUGACUAGUCCCUCAUUGUUUCCCAGCCUACAAAUGUUGUGCUACUGUAACUUAAUAGCACACGUUUGUUUCUGCACUUUGUAAAUACUACAUUGUUUUCCUUCUACAACCUUUUUGCCGUCAUCUCUGUAACACUUAUUUAAUACUUGAUCUUCAUACGAGUCAUCUCUGAUUCCGUGUUUUUUAUACUGCAUAUUUCUAGACAGCUGGAACUUGAAAUGUAAUAUUAGAAACUGCAGUAACUCCGAUGUGGAUCGAAAAAAAUAAAGUAAUUGAAAAGA